CAAACGCAGUAGGUUCACCAAAGCGAUCUCGUCAUCGACGGAAGAAACCGCAAAGUGGCUCUCCAAGUCCAUUGAUGAGACCGUCGUCGAAAUCGCUAACUCAAAUUAUUGCCGAACGAGAAAGGAAAAAACGAGAAUGUGACAAGAUCGAAAUGCAAAUGUCGUCUACCAUGAACGAAAUUGGUCAAAUCAAUCUUCAAAUGGAUGAGCUUAUGAAUAAACGAAAAGCGCUGGAAGCCAAAUGGGCAAAAUUAGAAGCCAAAGAACGCCAACUUCAAAUUUUGAUGAUCUCAGCGAAACACUGCUGGAGGCUGAAGGGGGAUGGGAUGACAAGGACAAUGCAAGCUUGCGACGCAAACAACGACAAGAGAAAGAAGACGAGGACGAGGAUGAAGAACUGGAAUUUGGCACCGUGAUGAAGACUUUGAGCGGACACGAAGAUGCGAUCUUGUGCUUGGAUUUCAACCACCCCAAAGGCAUCCUUGUAUCGUCUUCCUUGGAUGGUACAGUGCGUGCAUGGGAUCUACAACUGAAUCAGUGUAUAGGAAUGCUGGAAGGUCAUUCAAGCACGGUACGAUGUCUUCAACUGGACAAUGCGCGUCUGUUCACAGGUUCCGACGACGGUACCAUCCGCCAUUGGGAUCUAACUGCCAUUCCUCCUAUUCGUUCUCCAACAUCCAUGGAUUCAUUUUCCAAUUUCUCCAGCGCGCCGAGCUCACCGACUCUAUCUACUGUCACGGCCGCGGAAGAUCUUGUACCAUCAUUCAACGAUGGUGGAUUGGGCGUUUUCCAGGGACACACAGGAGAAAUUACUGCGUUAUAUACCGAUCAUCAGACGAUUGUGUCGGGAUCCAAUGAUCGAACCAUGAAACAAUGGGACAUAGAAACGCAGCAGUGUAUCCUCACCUUGGAUGUUCAAUGGGCGAGUAAGGGUGGAAACACUUCGUUUUCCUCAGGUUGGGAUACGUUAGCAGCACUGGAAAAUUGGACCUUGGAUAGUCUUCGCUACACAAACUUUGAACGAAGUAGUGAUUACAUCGGAGCGUUACAGUUUUGGAAUUUUGCUUUGGCUAACGGUACAGUGGACGGCAAAAUUCGAAUGUGGGAUUUACGAACGGGUCAAGCGCACCGUACAUUACCUGGACAUAACGCUGCUGUCACUUGUCUACAAUUUGAUGAAGUUCAUCUUGUCAGCGGAAGCGCUGAUAAAACAAUUCGAAUUUGGGAUUUGCGAACCGGUUCCGUGUUUGACACACUAACCUAUGAAGGACCAGUGACCAGUCUUCAGUUUGAUGCAGGCAAAAUCAUCAGCGGUUCAAAUUCCGCACAGAUUGAUAUUUAUAACCGUACAUCCUUCCAACAUACCAGCCUUGUGGGUCAUUCCGAACCAGUGAAUUCGAUCCGAUUCCGCAAUAACGUGUUAGCCAGCGGCAGCAGGGACCAUGCGAUUAAGUUAUGGGCACUUUAAGUGGCUGUUUUGUAAAGUAUACAACUUUUUGAUUUCGUUUCUUGUCAACUUAAUACGUGAUGAAACUCCUUUGUCUUUUGGAUUUUUCUUCCA